GGGAGAUCGCCGGUCUCACUCAAGAAGGCCUCGCGCUUCUCUCUGUAGGGAGUGUCUGAUAACCGUGCGAUAACAGGUUCGUUCUUAUCGUGAUUCGACUGAAAAGUCAUCACCGGCACGAUACGACAGCUUUUUUCCUGCGUUAUCGAGAGGUCCAGGUGUAUCUUCAGUCGUCUUCGCCGCGAUUCGCCGCAGCAGAAUCGUACGGGACCGUCCCAUUCAUGAAUAGCAUAGGCGAGGCAUGCAACGAUCUGAAGCAACAGUACGACGCCUGCUUCCACACGUGGUUCUCCGAGAAAUUCUUGAAAGGUGACACGAGCGACAGCACAUGCUCGCACUUAUUCAAAAUGUAUCAGCAGUGUGUCAAGAAAGCCAUGAAGGAGCACCACAUUGAACUGAAAGACAUGGAGAUGAAUUAUUUGGAAACCGAAAAGGAGAAGAAGCCGCACAGUUGACGAAGAAACGUCGUCCGCACGUUCACAUCCGGGCACUACGCUUUUUUUAUUACAUCAUCAGGUAAUCGGCGACGUAAACGGUGCAACAUCGAAUGUCAUUCCCACUUUUUAUUGUGAAAUGAUGAGUAACUAAGUUUAACCGGGCCGUACUUAUAUUUCAAUCGAUAGUUGACGUUAUUAGCUAGCCGUUGCACUAUUACUGCCGAGCAUUUUAUACACUUGUAACAUUGAACAUUGAGAUAUUGUAUCAAGAGAAAAAUAUGUACAUAUAUCUAUGUACCGCAUACGUGUAAUAUACAUAUGUACAUGUCACGCUUAAUAUUAAAUUUAAUUCUCUGUAAUUCCAGCAACUUUAUUAAAUUUUUGGUCAUCUUUAGCUACACUUUGUGAGAACAAAACUAUAUAGAAGAAUAACUUUAAUUGUUACAAAUGAAACAGUUACUGGGCAACGUAGAGAUAUAUAAUUGAGCGAAUAAAGCUAGUAAAUAAAUAAAGAACAUUCCCUUUUA